AUGGCUCAAUCAUAUUUAAGAAAUCGCCCCUCCGUCGCCGGAGUGCAAGUUAUGGCAAAAAGCGUGGCAUCCGAUAUGGGAAACAGCUCUGCUUUCAUACGCUUUCCAACAACCCCGCCGUAUACGUCUACCCCCACCCCUAUCUCCCCCGAGGAUGAAGUGGAUGAUAUGCAAAUGGACAGCUCAAAUAUUGAUCUACCCCCUCCUUUGCCAGAGUGUUUUGAUGACCAAGCUGUGGAUAAAUGUACUGUACAACGAAGACAAAGCCCUCUGGGCAAAUAUAGCGACAAGGUCACGGAACCAGAAGUCUAG